AUGCAGCCUCUCCGGCUUCUCCGUCUUUUCCUCGGCGUCGGCGUCGUCGCGCUCGUCCUCGUCGCGCCCGCGCCCGCGCGCGCGCAGUUCGGAGGAGGCGACGCCGCCUGCCCCGUGGACAUAGACGUCGUAUCGCUCGACGCCUCGCUCGGUGAGAGCUGCGCGGCGGGGAGGGCCGACGUCUGCGAGUCGUGCCUGUGCGACUUCGGGCGGCGCCUCCUCGACGCGGGGUACGCGAUCGUCGGCCCGGACGCGGUCCCGUUCGAGGCGUGCGCGCUCGCGAACCUGGCGACGCUGAGCUCGCGCGCGGGCGUGACCGUCGCGGGGUUACUCCGCGUCGCCAACUGCCGAGAGACGCCCGCGUGCUUAGAAGACGCCAACGACGCGGUAGGGACGCAGCCCGAACCCGACCCUGAUCCUUCCGCGGACGCGACGACGACGACGCCGACGCCGACGCUCGCGCCCGGACCCACGGCUUCCGACGCGUCGCGGUUACCCUACCGAGCGGCUGGCGGUCUCGAGCUCGCGCUCGCCCCGCCCGACGUCGCGGUCGUCGACGUCGUCGACGACCGAGAUGACCACGACGACGACGACGACGACGAGAACGCGCUGCUCGCGUCCGCCAUCGCCGCGCCCGUCGUCCUCGCCGCGCUCGCCGCCGCGUGCGCGGCCGCGUACGUCGCGCGCGCGAAGCGCCGCGCCCGGUGCCUCGCGAAAUACGUCGCCGCCAAAGCCGCGCUCGCGGCCCGCGGCGUCGUCGGGGACGAGGCGGAGACGCGGACGCGGACGCGCGCGAGAAGCCGAAGCCUCGCGUUCGCGAGCAUCACCUGCGAGACGAAGAUCAAGUCCGUUUCCGCCGCGCGCGACGCCGAUGCCGACGCCGACGCCGACGCCGCGAUGCCGGCUGAGGGUCGAGGGUCGAGGGUAAUUGCCCAUACGGCCGCCGGGGAGACGCGCGCGGCGCCGAAAGUCCUUCUGCGCGAUGUCGCCGGCGCGUGUCGCCGCGGCGAGAUGCUCGCGCUCUUAGGCCCCUCUGGCGCCGGGAAGAGCACGCUCCUGCGAAUCAUCUCCGGGCGCGUUGACCCCGAGGCUGGGUUGAAGGUAUCGUCGGGGGACGUGCGCGUGGACGGCGUCGUGAGGACGCCGCGCGAGUUGCGCCGCGCGGUCGCGUUCGUGCCGCAACACGACAAUUUGCUGCCGUUUCUCACCGUCCGAGAGAGCGUGAUGUACUCCGCGGAGCUUCGACUUCCGUGGUUCAUCUCGAGCGAGGAGAAGACCGCGAAGACGAACGCGGUGCUCGAUGAGCUGUCGCUGUCGCACGUCGCGAACUCGCGCGUCGGCGGCGCGGGCGGCGGCGGCGGCGGCGGCGGCGGCGGGUCCGCGCUGAUGUCUUGCCUCUUCCAGCGCGCGAACGCGAAAGGAGGGUCGCGCGGGAAGCGAUCCGCCGGCGGCGGCGGCGGCGGCGGCGGCGGCGGCGUCAGCGGCGGCGAGCGCAGAAGAGUCACCGUGGGCAUGGAGCUCGUCACGUCGCCGGACAUCAUCGUGUUAGACGAGCCCACGAGCGGCCUCGACGCGAGCGCGGCGGCGAGCAUGGUGUUCACUCUGCGCGCGUUGGCGUCCCCGUCGCGACGCGACGGCGACCUCGGCAGGGUCGUCGUCUUCAGCGUGCACCAGCCUUCGCCGAGGGCGUUUCGCGUGAUGGAUAAGAUCAUGCUCCUCGGCGUCGGCGGCGUCGUGCUGUGGCAGGGCGCGCCCGCGGUCGCGGAGGCGGAGUUCGCCGCGAUUGGGUUCCCUUGCCCGGUCGAAGACUUCACGUCGACGCCGUCGAGCGACGUCGCGUCGGCGGCGGCGGCGGACCGAGACCGGAAAAGAAUUCUUCACCACGGCAGCGGGAAGGCAUCGCCCGACGCCGCGCGGCGGACGUACAGCGUCGACAUCAGCGAGUGGAUGCUCGAGGUCGCGACGUGCGCGUCCAUGCGCGUGAAGCUCCUCGCGUCCACCUCGGCGCUCGGGGCGUCGGCGCGGGGGACCCGCGAGGAAGAACACGCCGACGUCAACGAGAACGGGUCGUUCGCGUCGUCGGUUUCUUCGUCCGCGGCGUCGUCGUCCGGCCUCGGCCUCGACGUCGUCGUCGUCGAGUCGCAUCGGCUCCUCGACGGCAAGCGUAAGGCGACUCCGCUCUCGUCGCCGUCGUCCGCGGUGGCGGCGGAGGCGACCAUCGAGAAACUCAGGCGACGGUCGCGCAUGAACGAGUCCUGGGUGUUACUCCAGAGAGCCGCGCGGACGACGUCCCGGGACCCUUCGCUGCUUCUCGCGCACCUGUUCGUGGCGACGCUCACGGCGCUUCUGCUCGGCGUCAUCUACCUCGACUCGCCGCUCACGCUCGCGGGGUUCCAGAACCGCGCUGGAGGAAUGUUCUUCACCCUCGUGUUCUUCGGUCUCGCGUCCAUUUCCGCGGCGGAUCGCCUCAGCGCGGAGGCGUCGAUUCGCUCGAGGGAAAUCGGCAGCGGGUAUCACGGCUCCGGAUCGAUCCCCGCGGUGACGGUGUACUCGGUGAUAAUGUACUACAUGAUGGGCCUCAGGGACGACGUCGACGCGUUUUUCGUGUUCUUCGGCGUCCUGCAGCUCUUCGUCGCCGCGACGACGGCGCUGUGCGGGUUCAUCUCGAUCGCGACGUCGUCCUCCGCGGUGGCCAACUUGGUCUGCACGUUCGUCCUCCUCCUCUCGAGCAUGUUCGGCGGCUUCCUCGUGAGCAUCGGCUCCGUUCCGAGCGCGAUACAGUGGGUCCAGUGGGCGAGCGUGUAUCGAUACGCGUGGGGAGCGAUGCUCUCGAACGAGAUGCGCGACCAGACGUUUUUGUUCGACACGACGUUCGAAGGGUCGAGGAUCGAGGUCGACGUCUCGGGGCAGACGUACUUGAACACGUUCGGAUUACAUCCAAAGUUCAUCACGCGCGACGCGCUCGGGCUGUUUGGGAUAUUUGCGCUGCUCGUGCUCGCGUCGUACGGCGUGUUAGCGCUGAGGCACGGCGGGCGGUGGUGGCGGCCGGCGCGGAGAAGGCGUUGA